AUGGCCAACAGGUUUACGGCUACGUCGGUGGUUCAAAGAUCUGCUUGCGAGACGUGUUGUUCAGUGGAGAAACAGUGUGUUGCGAGGUCAUCUUCAGAAAUGGUCGCCGACGAAGACGCGGUGUGGUGUGGUCGACUCCAAAAAUGGGUGGUGGUCAGCCGAUUUGAACCGUAUGUGUCGGCCGGAGAUGGAACACUUCCGCUCAAAGCCGUCAACGGAGGGGAGCUUCAUCCACCAGAACUCAAGAUGCCGUCGCACAAGACAUUCAUGAUCAAGAAGAAGCUUGCGAAGAAGCAGAGGCAGAAUAGGCCAAUUCCGUACUGGAUCCGCCUCCGCACCGACAACACCAUCCGCUACAACGCCAAACGCCGUCACUGGCGCCGUACCAAGCUCGGCUUCUAA